AUGACCUCCCUCUUGGCCCUGCUCUGUCUGGGGUUGGGCUUGAGCACCAGGACACCAGUGAAGGCAGGGACCGUCCCCAGACCCAUCCUCUGGGCUGAGCCAGGCUCUGUGGUUCUCCGGAAUACUCCCGUGACCCUCUGGUGUCAAGGGGACUCAGGGGCUCAGGAGUUUCAUCUGGUUAAAACAGGAAUCUCACCAUCCUGGGGUACUCAGUUACCACUGGAGCUGGGGGACAAGGCCAAGUUCUUCAUCCCCUACAUAACUGAAGCACAUGCAGGGACUUACAAAUGUUCCUAUCUCAGCCCCACUGGCUGGUCAAAGCACAGUGACCCCCUGGAGCUGGUGGUGGUCACAGGAGUCAACAGCAAACUGUCCCUCUCAGCCUUUCCGAGCCCUGUUGUAGCAUCAGGGGAGACCGUGACCCUCCAGUGUAAUUCAUGGCUGGAAUUUGACACAUUCGUCCUGACUCAGGAGGGAAACCCUGAGAGCCACUGGAAACGUGGCUCACGACUCCCCAGUGGGCAGCAUCAGGCUCUGUUUCAUAUUGGCGUCGGAUCCUUCCGCCACAGUUUGUCCUUCCAAUGUUAUGGCCUUUUCUCACAAGAACCCCAGAGGUGGUCUCACCCCAGCGACCUGCUGCAGAUCCUGGUCUCAGGUAAGGCUCAUCCUGGUGCAUCUAUAAGACCCUCCCUGCUGAGCCCACAGGGCGAAAUUGUGGCCCUACGACAGACCCCAACCCUGCAGUGUCAUUCUAAGGACGCCUAUGACAUCUUUGUUCUGUACAAAGAGGACAGCCAGGACAUUCGCCAGCACCCUGGCCACCAUCCCCAGGCUGGGAUCUCUCAGGCCAACUUCACCCUCGGUCCUGUGAGUGCCUCCCAUGGGGGUCGAUACCGCUGCAUUGGGAGAAACGGUUUCACCUCACUAUGGUCGGAACCCAGUGAUCCCAUGGACAUCCAAGUGGAAGGACAGCUCCCCUACAUUCCAACCCUCUCAGUGGAGCCAGGCCCCUCAGUGUCCCCAGGGGACAAGGUGACCCUGCUGUGUCAGUCCAGAGGUUCGACGGACACUUUUCUGAUGGCCAAGGAAGGGUCAGCCGACCCCCCGCUGCGCGUCAAAGUGGUUAAGACAGAGGAGAUAACACAGGUCCAGUUCUCCUUCCACCCUGUGACCUCAGCACACAAUGGCACCUACAAGUGCUACAGCUCCAAUAGCAUCACUCCCUACUGGCUAUCAAAACCCAGUGCUCCCCUGAAGCUCCAGGUUUCAGGACUCUCUGGAGAUAGCAAGACAAUGUCCAUGGCUGAUGUGGGGACCCAAGGGGUGCAGCUGGCCCUGGUCCUCAAGCCAGGGCCCAGUGACACCUCUGCAUGUGUCCUACACUCAUGCUGUCGCCCCAGUGCUCACAUCCAGAAAGACAGCCCAGGUGACAACUACAGGGAAGAUGGCUGGCUAAGGGUCUGGGAUCUGGGGCAAGAGGUCACCAUCACACACAAAAAGUCUGAGGAAGGGGUGCAGCUGAACCCCAAGGCAGAAGCACCUGAGGCCCCCCUGGAAGUGACCUACGCACAGCUGAAAUACCUGGAUACUGCACAGGAGACCACAGCGCCCCCUCCCUCCCUGUCAGGGGAGCCCCCAGAGGAGCCCAGCGUGUAUGCUGCUCUGGCUUUUCACUAG